AUGACCAAUACAUGGUGGGAUUCUGAGGAAAUUCAACAACUACCUGAGUGCAUGAAGAUUUGCUUCCAGGCUCUAUAUGAUACCACCAAUGAAAUAGCUUUUGAAAUUCAGAGAGUUAAGGGUGGGAAAUCAGUGUUACCCCAUUUACGAAAAGCGUGGGAAAAUUUUUGUAAAGCAUUAUUAGUUGAAGCAAAGUGGUAUAACCAAGGCUAUACACCAUCACUCCAAGAGUAUCUCGAUAACGGGUGGAUAUCAUCCGGUGGCUCUGUGCUUUCUAUUCAUGUUCUUUUUGGUGUUGCACAUGAAAUAACAGACAAAGUUUUGAAUUUUCUGAAGAAUGGUGAAGAUCUUGUGUAUCAUAUUUCAAUAAUAAUUCGACUUACCAAUGACCAGGGAACUUCAGCAGCAGAACUAGAGAGAGGUGAUGCUCCUUCCUCAAUCUUAUGUUACAUGCGAGAAGCAAAUGUUUCUGAGGAGGUUGCGCGGGAGCACAUUAGAAGCAUAAUAACGAAGACAUGGAAAAGCAUUAACAACCAAUGCAUCGCGAAAUCUCUAUCUCUUGUACCAUUUGCCAAAUAUAUAACAAACAUUGCACGAGUCUCACAUUUCAUAUACCAAAAUGGGGAUGGGUAUGGUGUUCAAGACCAUGAGACUCGAGAUCAAGUCGUGUCUUUGUUGAUUGAACCGCUUGCACUCGACUAAACUAGAGUUGAUGUGAUGCUAGCUUUGGUGGUUGUUAUGAAAAAAAAGUUUGAAAGGUUUUGUUUAGUCAAAUCUAGUCUAGUUAAAUAAAUGUUUGUAUUGUUAGAGCUAAAUAUUGUAGUAAUCUGC